CAAUCACUUCGCGCUCAAACGAAUCUCAACGUUUCGCUUCGUUCCGUUCCGUUAUCCGUUAUUCGAGAAAAACGACAUACUCUUACGUGAAACGCGUUAUUCUCUUCCCAUCCUGAUCCUGAAAUCGAUUCCAAUUAUUUGCAAUUCUUUACUCGGUGCUAAUGUGAUGAAUUUUGCGUGACAGCAUCUUGCUUUCUCUUACCGUCCAUGACCGAAACAAACUUUGUCUCUGUCUUGUCUUUGACGAAUCGAUAAUAUAUGUGUGUGUAUGGUUGUUAGCCGAUCUUUAAACUUGCUGCGAAUUUUUCCGAAACUGUUUAAAUAUCGAAUUAAAAUUCAGGAAAAAUCAUCGAGUCCUCGAAUUUGUUCUUAUUUUCCAUUUAUUAUUAAUAUACACGGCAAAUGGUAAACAGCAAUAGCGACAUGUUACCAAUUAUAUUUAUCGAAGCAAGAAAUAGAAAAUAGAACGAACUGAUGAGAAUAAAUGAAUAUGCUGGUAGAAAGUCGAUUCCUCCCCUCUUGACAGCUGUGCCUAAUUCGAAUGUGUCCGUUAGCCUGUUCGGAUUAUGUUUAUUCCUGAUUGCGCGACCAUUCGAAACGUAAUGAAUCCGACUGAUGCGAUCCAAUUCGAUUAAUCUCUCGAGUUAUACUCGUUGAUUGUGCAAUGUGUAUAGAGGAUUGCCUACGAAGGUACGAGGUGGUAAAUCGAUAAGGAGUUGCGUAAGGAGAAACGAGAGGAGCCGCGAGACGAAUUCACGAGAGAAAGAAAAAGACUGUGAAUGGGCAGAUUAGUAAAAAUGUUGCUCUUGGUAUACCGAUUGAUGUAUAUCGAUCGUUGCACGCGCAGAAUAAUCGAUUAAAUCGCCGCCAUUAUUGUCAUCGUCGUCGAUAUUGACUCGCGAUAGCGAGUAAAAAUGUAUCGAUCUAAGAAUACGUUUGUGCUUGAUAGUCCAGCAGGUGUAUCCGUGGGAGAAGCAAGUGACUGGAAGAGGAUAAUCGAAAGUUGAGAAAUUUGGCCGGAGCGAAGCGAUUAAACAAAGUGAUUCGAUGAACAUUGAGGAUUAACACGAAAGUCGUUAUGUUUGCCAAGUCGAAAAGCAGUGGCUCGACACCGAGCGUUAUACUCCCGAAUCCCCUUCAAAAUUUAUACGAAGUCGGCAAACAAUCGGCUACCGCGGGCCCCGAAAACGCUUGGCGCAUAUACGACGGAUACACGAAAACCGAUCGAAAGGAAGUGUCGAUAUUUUUCUUUGACAAAAGAUCGGUCGAUAAGCUGCACAAACCGAAACGAAAGGAGACCGUAACGGAAAUUUUACGGAAUGGAGCACGACAAAUGGAACGAUUCUCUCAUCCAAAGAUACUGCAAGCGUUCAAGGUGGAGGAAUGCGCGGACAGUUUGGCAUUCGCGUCGGAACCAGUGUUGGCUAGUCUUGCCAACGUUUUAGCCUAUCAGGAGCAACAAGCGAAUAACGUUGGUCAGUCGACGAGUAACGUAACGAAACAAACUUCCUCGGUCGCUGGUCAUCGUGCAACGUACGCGAAAGAAUACGAGUUGCUCGACAUCGAAAUCAAGUAUGGGUUGUUGCAGAUCACGGAGGCUCUGCUUUUUCUUCACGGAACCUGCAAAGUUCUUCAUAGGAACGUUUGUCCUGCCAGUAUUAUAAUAACCAAAAGGGGUACUUGGAAAUUGUCAGGGCUGGAAUUUAUCGAAAAAGUUAACGAAGUACCGAUGAUACCAUUGCAACCUUGGACUAACCGCAUGCCGAAAAUGACGCAACCGAAUCUCGAUUACAUAGCUCCGGAAGUGCAACAAAAGAAAGUGGGAGGCUUCUACAGCGAUAUGUAUAGCUUUGGUAUGACGAUAUGUGCAAUUUUCAACCAAGGACGUCCGUUGAUUCAAGGAAAUCAUAGUUGUUCCGAGUACCUGAAGCAGCUGGAAAACCUGAAAGAACAAGUUGAGGUUAUACUACCUCUAGUUCCUCUUCCGCUACGAGAAGCCGUUUCCCGACUGUUACACGUAGAUCCAGAAAAGAGGCCGACCAUUCAAGUUUUAUCCAUGAUCAAAUAUUUUCAAGAUCCACCGGUAUACGCGCUUCAAUUUCUCGACGUUAGCAAAAUGAAAGACGUAUUACAGAAAGAGCAUUUUUAUACGACUACUUUGAAAGGAAUAUUGCCUUAUAUACCAAGGAAACUUUGGUAUCAACAUAUCUGGACGUAUUUGCAAACUGAGUUGGAAAGUCAAGAAGUGCAAUCGGCUGUACUACAACCGGUACUUUACAUCGUACAAAAUAGUACACAAGAAGAGUACGAUCAAAUUGUAUUUCCAUCCUUACGGUCGCUCUUUUCGAAUCGGAAAUCGAUUCAGGGUACGGUAACGCUGUUGGAAAAUUUGCAUUUGAUAUUAAUGAAAACGUCUCGAGAAUAUAUAGAAGGUGAAGUACUUCCAAUGUUAUACACAUCUUUCGAGAACUCAACUACUCAAGUACAGACCGCAGCAUUCGUAGCUGUAUCGAACGUGACCGACUAUAUAGACGACGAGUCCGUUCGAAAUAUCGUACUGCCGAAACUCCUUCAGGCGUUUGAAAAAAAUUUAAUAGAUUCCCGAGUACUAAUGAACGUGAUCCCCUGCAUUUUAAAUCGGUUAGAGAAGCAGAAAAUCAUCGAUUGCAUCUUACCGUUGUUGUUCAGUGUAAAGCUUCAAGAACCGGAGAUAAUCGUUCGGGUUGUACAGAUUUACAGAUUGAUGUUAACCGACAAAAAGUACGGACUUUCUGUCAGCUGGAUGGCGACUCGAGCGAUGCCUUCUUUGCUACCUCAUACUAUCAACCCGGCACUGUCUCUCGAACAAUUUGAAUUACUUCUCAAGGUGUUACAAGAUAUGCUGAAUCACAUCGAAAGAAAUCAAAGGAAUCAGUUAACCCUGGACAAUCUGUCAUUGUCGAGCCCGGAACGAUAUCGAAGUUUACGGCAUCAACAUAGUACGGAUAAUAUGUACGUCGCGCCUUUCAACAUACCAAACUUACGGAUCGAGCAACGUAAAACUUCUUCGGCCGAAGACAUGGCUCGGAAAAAUAGCACAAAUUCGAUGUCGUCGACGGUUUCGGCGGAAAACAUGGCGAGAAAGAACUCGAUGAUAACCAUGUUCAGAUGGUUCUCGUCCUCGAACAACGACAACAGUAAUUUCUUGAAAGUGGCGAAUACCUUUACGAGCAGGCGGUUAUCGGACAACACUCUGAUGACACCGAAAAUCCGAGUAGCACCGUCUUGCGAAAGUUCUCCAGGUGUUACACCCGGCGAUGGAUUACCAAUCCGGCGCCAUUCGAGUACCGGCCCUCAAGAUCGACGAGGAUCUAAUAUAAAUUUAUCGCCUCCCUUGGGUGGAGGAAUGCCGAUUACCAGUAGCAGUGUACCAUACUUGGUUAGUUCAAGCAUGAACAGUAUACGAGGUUCGAGGCGUCCGUCCGUUUCUUCGACGUCUUCUCAGCAAGGGACCGGACUUCUACAGCAGGUUGGCUCCAGCAUGUACCAAUUCUUCAACAAACAAUUCGACGCUUGAACCGUGACCUUCGUAGGAUACCGCGUACCCGCUGUCAUAACGAACAAUUGGUUACUAGUUACUAAUUACUAGUUACUGAUGGUUACCGUCCGCGCGACACGACGCGACGCAGUCAAGGUAAAUAGCAGCAAAUAAGAAUAAUUUGAUAGGGAUCUCGUUGGAGUUGAAGGAACGGCUUUUGGUUGAUCGAUCUUGCUACAUUAUCCUAUGUAUGUACCUAGUCAUAUCGGACGUACGUCGAAUAACUUUUACUCUUGAGAUGGAUAUACUUGGACCUAAAAUGUAUCGGUCAUCCGUAGAAACGUAGUAGCACGAGUAAGGACUUUGAUUUCUUGCAGAAAAUAUCGAUUUAUUCGAGACCUUCUAAAGUGGCCUAAUCCCAUAACAAGUAAAACAUAGUUGUCAAUUUGUCUGUGUAAUCGUUUAAGACAUUCU